GUUCGUGGUGAAUAAGAGUUGAAGAGGUGAAUUUCUUGUGAUUCCGCAUGCCGCUGUGUUUAUCAGGGGAAAACUCGUGAAAAAGCAUGGCUAGCGUUCCAAAAGUGAAUACAAAGCCACUGUUAACGAAUUCCCGAGCGGAAUUCACUAAAAUCAAGUCAAAGCAGAAUGAGAUUCUCAAGAUCCUGGGGGCUCCGCACGUGGAGUCCUUCAAUUACAUGGUGGAGGAGGGUAUCAAGGAAUGCGUGAGUAACCUGAGGCCGCUGGAAUUUGAGCUUCCGACGAAGGACAGAGUGUGUCUGAGGAUAGAGAAGUGCAACGUUGGGAAUCCAAUGGUGCCGCAGAGCAUGACGGAUGUCCGGACACGGAGGAUCUACCCGAUGGAGUGCCGGCAGAGGAAUAGCACUUACAGAGGUCAGGUGAAUUUGCGCCUGGGAUGGUCACUGAAUGGCAUCCCGAAGCCACCAAUUGACAAGGAUGUCGGAGAGAUUCCCAUAAUGUUGCAGUCGAAUCUCUGCAACCUGGCCAAGAUGACGCCGGCGCAGCUGGUGAAGGUGGGCGAGCAUGAGAAUGAGUGGGGUGGGUAUUUUGUGGUGAAGGGAAAUGAGAAGCUCAUCCGGAUGCUGCUGCAGACGAGAAAAAACUACCCGAUAGCACUGAAGAGAGGCACUUGGAAGGAGAGAGGGAAGCUCUUCAGCGAUGUGGGUGUGAUCAUCCGGUCGGAGAUGACAGAUCACACGUCCACAAACAAUGUGCUGCACUUCCUCACUAACGGGACGGCGAAAUUCAUGUUGUCGCAUGGGAAGAACAUGUCCUACUUGCCUGUGAUGAUGCUGAUGAAGGCUCUAAUCCCGGUCACGGAUCUGUACAUCUAUCAGAGCUGCGUGAGGGGAUUUGAGGAUGAUCUGUACUAUUGUGGGUGUGUGCAGACGAUGCUCAGGGAUCUGCACGAUGAGGGACUUCACACUCACGAGGAGUGUCUGGAGUUCUUGGGCCGUGUCUUCCGGAAGCGAUUGUAUGCGAUGGACUGGGAGACGGACAGGCAAGUGGGACAGAGUCUCCUGAAGAGCACAGUGCUGAUACAUCUGAAGGAGAACAAGGACAAGUUCCACCUGAUUUGCCUGAUGAUCAAGAAGCUCUUUCAAGCCGUGCAGGACAAGGUGAUUGCCGAAGGCGCGGACAGCACGAUGAUGCACGAGAUCCUCCUGGGUGGGCAUCUUGUGCAGAAGCUGAUGAAGGAUCGACUGCAGAGUUAUCUUGUGUCUCUGAGAUUCAAUAUUCUGAAGAAGGCCAACAGCACGACUGGCUUCAGCUUGACGCAAUCUGAGAUGAUAAUAGCGAUGAAGUAUUGCGGCACUUUCACACGACAGUUUGAGAACUUCCUCGCCACGGGUACGGUGAACAGUUCGGGGAAUCUGGGGCUUCAGCAGACCACUGGUCUUGUAAUUAUGGCUGAGAAUAUCAACAGGAUGCGCUACAUGUCGCACUUCAGGGCUGUGCACAGAGGGGCUUUCUUCACGGAAAUGCGCACGACGGAGGUGAGGAAGCUCCUUCCGGACGCCUGGGGCUUCAUCUGCCCUGUCCACACGCCUGACGGAGCGCCUUGUGGUCUGCUGAAUCACCUCACCAUCGGUUGCACAGUGUCAAGAGCGCCGAAUGCGAGGGAGAUUGAGAAAAUUGAGGAGGAACUCACCAGACUCGGCAUGAGUGGCAUCGAAGAUGUCUUCAUUGGGGAUGCAAAAGGAAUGGUGAACGUGGUGCUGGAGGGACGAUUGCUGGGUUACGUGACAGAGGAUCAACUGACGAGGGUUGUGGACAAGCUAAGGUUGCUCAAAGUGGCUGGAGAUGUGAUUCCCAACACGCUGGAGAUUGUCAACAUUCCCAGGAAGACGGGUGGGUUGUUUCCGGGACUAUUUCUCUUCGUGGGCGCCGCUAGGAUGAUGCGUCCAGUGGUAAAUCUCAUGGUGAACAAGGUGGAAUAUGUGGGUACUUUUGAGCAAGUCUACAUGGAAAUUGCUGUGUGUCCUGAGGAAAUCUAUCCAGGCAUUACGACUCACAUGGAGCUCUCGAAGACGUCGUUCUUGAGCAAUUUGGCACACCUGAUUCCCAUGCCAGACUGCAAUCAGUCGCCGAGGAACAUGUACCAGUGUCAGAUGGGGAAGCAAACGAUGGGCACUCCGUGCCAGAAUUACGCUCUGCAAGCGGCCACGAAGCUCUAUCGGUUGCAAACGCCCACGACGCCCCUCUUCCGGCCGGUGCACCAUGACAACAUCGAGAUGGACGAUUUCGCCAUGGGCACAAACGCCAUCGUGGCUGUAAUUUCCUACACUGGCUACGACAUGGAGGACGCGAUGAUCAUCAACAAGGCGGCGUUUGAGCGCGGCUUGGCGCAUGGAAGUAUUCAGAAGAGCACAUUUAUCGACUUACAAGAGCCCGACUUCUUCUUCGUGCGUGAUCCACAUCAGCCAAAUCUCGUGGAUGUGCUGGAUUCGGACGGAUUCCCACGUCCCGGCACCAAGUUGUCCUUCAAGUCGCCCUUCUACUGCUACUUCGAUACGAACAGGGCGGUGUACUCGGUGAUCAAGUACAAGGACAAGGAGGAUUGUGUGGUGGACAGCGUGCGGUUGUGCGGCGGCUUCACGGCCAGUGCGUCCAAGCAGGCUGUCAUCACGGUGCGCGUGCAGCGGAAUCCGUCGGUGGGCGACAAGUUCGCCAGUCGGGCAGGACAGAAGGGCAUCUGCUCGCAGAAGUGGCCGGACGUGGAUCUGCCCUUCACAGAGAGUGGCCUCAUUCCUGACAUUGUCUUCAAUCCGCACGGCUUCCCGUCACGCAUGACCAUCGCCAUGAUGAUCGAGAUGAUGGCGGGAAAGAGUGCAGCUCUGCACGCGCUCGUGCACGACGCCACGCCGUUCAAAUUCACGGAGAGUGACACGGCGAUCGACUACUUCGGGCGGCUGUUGGAGGCCGGUGGCUACAAUUACUACGGCACGGAACGCAUGUACAGCGGCACGGAUGGACGAGAGCUGCGAGCGGACAUCUUCUUCGGCGUGGUGCACUACCAGCGCCUGCGGCACAUGGUGUCGGACAAGUGGCAAGUGCGCUCCACGGGCCCCGUGGAUCUGCUCACGCACCAGCCGGUGAAGGGCCGGAAGAAGGGCGGCGGCGUGCGCUUCGGCGAAAUGGAGCGCGAUAGUCUGAUCGCCCACGGCGCGUCCUUCCUGCUGCACGAUCGCCUCUUCCACAACUCUGACAAGGUGUCGGUGAUCGUAUGCCGGCGAUGCGGCAGUCUGCUGGGCCCCAUCAUGAAGGUGGUGAGUCGCGACGGCGCUGGUGAUCUACAGAGCGCCCCCGCAACGUGCCUCCUAUGCGGCGACGGCACGCAAAUAGGCCACAUUCAGAUUCCCUACAUCUUCAAGUUCUUAGUCACGCAACUCUGCUCUGUGAACAUCAACGUGAAGCUGGACUUCAGGGAGAUUUAGAGGUGUUCUUGGAGAAAAUAAAUUUAUCGUUUAUUACUUUUA